GUGGUUUGGUCCUGCUUUGUAUUUUAUCGGUGUUGGAAGCGUCGCGACGUCACUGGUGGCGUCGCGUGAUGUUCCUGGUGGUGUCGGUGGCGUCGUGUGCCCCCUUGUCCCGGUAUUUCGCCCGAAACCCCCGCGCGUUGUUGCUUUGAGUGUACCAAGCCGGCAAAAUUGCAAAUGGCGGGGGUCUAUAUAUAAAUAUUAUAUUUAGAAUUGUUGCACGUUUUCGGUUUUGUGGCGGUUCUCGAGGGUAAAAGUGGGUUUUAGUGAGUGUCCCGGGGGCGACUUUGUGGUUUUUGGGGCGAUUUGUGCGGGUUUUGGGGCGGAAAAGCACAGCCACGGCCUGCUUGUUUAUAUUUUAAAAUUGAAUAGUACACCCCCUGGAUCUCGGAAAGUAAAUAUUGUAGUGCGCCGGUGCAAGCACGGACGUACGUCGCACUCCUUACAUGCUUCUAACGUGCGUCUUCGGCGACACCGUCGUCGACGACUCAAGUCGGUGAUUGGGCCUUACAAGCAAUAUAAUUAUUUAAGUGAACAUUUUGCAUUAAAAGUUUUUAUCGAUUUUUUACGCAUUUUUCUCAGUGCUGACGCUUAAAUACCGUUCUUAAAGCAAGGGUUUUGGACGAUUGUACAUUGAAAUAUCUAUUUUUGGAGGAAUAUACACCGCCCCCUUGCUCUAAUGAGUCUCGAGUGAAGCCGUCACGAGAACAUAGCGAAAAUGGUGACGCCUCCGCAACAAUUCUGCGUUCGAUGGAACAGUUACCAGUCGAAUUUGCAAAAUGCCUUCCCGAAACUGCUAAACUCCGAGCAUUUCGUCGAUGUUACGUUGGCCUGUGAGAAUGAGAUGCUGAAAUGUCACAAAGUGGUCCUAUCGGCGUGCUCCACCUAUUUCGAAAAACUUCUACUAGACAAUCCUUGCCAGCACCCUAUCAUUUUCAUGAAAGAUAUGAAGUUUCAAGAAAUGCAGUCAUUGGUCGAUUUCAUGUACAAAGGAGAAGUGAACGUAACUCAGGACGACUUACCUUCAUUGUUGAAAAGCGCCGAGGCCUUGCAAAUCCGGGGGUUGUGUGGCUCGGAUCAGUUGUUGAGUCAGCAACAGUUGGGGGCCCUCAAACCACAAUCAAAACCGGUCCUCAAUAACGUAGAGAAUAAGAACCACGAAAUGGCCAAACCGGCCGAAGUUAAUGUGAAAAAAGAGGAGAAGAUUGAAUGUUCGGAAAACAAUCCGUCAUCGUCCGAAUGUGAUUCCAAUGACGGAGUCCAAAGCAAAAGUAACGCCCGAGUCCCGCCUUCAAAUAUCCAAAGAAUUGUUUUCCCCGAACACGAAUUGAAGGAGGAAGUGGACAAUGAUUCGUAUUAUGAGGGCGAGGGUGACCUUAUGGACACGGAAUUCCUCGAGGAAGACGUCGCGAUUAACACGAAUGAUCUCAACAAAACGCCAGAGUUUGCCAUCGCCAACGUCUCGUGCCAGUACGACGGUAGUCCAGGUUCGGCGACGAAUCGGCGCAUCCGGCGUUCGGACGAGGAGCUGCGAAGGGCCGCCGAGUGCAUAACCCGCGGGCAGACCUUCCAAACGGUCAGUGAUCAGUUUAAUAUCCCCAUAUCGACAAUCCGUUUUUACAUGGCGAGGAAAGGUAUUUUGCCUCGACGUAAGCGAGGAAGGGCUUGUUCGGGCCCGACGGGACUCCCCAUGCCUGUCCAGACGUACAAUUCCCCAGGCAAUACCAGUCCCAUCGGUCCACCCUACCAUAUCGUCCAUUACAAGUUACCAACGUUGGGUGUUUCAAAACUUAAGUAAGAAAUCGUAAGGCGGAUUUGAUUUCUUUUUUUUUUUGGUUUCUUUUUACACUAUUUACGCGAUCUAUUUAUUUUUUAUGAUUUUUUAUACAAAGUUCAGUAUUUUAUUUCGACUGUACUUAGAUUAGGGAUUUUUUGCUGCCAAAUAAUUUUAAUUUUUGAUCUGAAUUCGACUCAAUUUCAGUUAAAUUAAUGAUAAGGAAAAUGGAAAAUUGUCUUCUAAGAUAUUAAGAUUUGUCGUGGUUAGAAAAAAUUGUAGGAAGUUGUGACUUAGGUUAAUCGGAAAAUGAACUAGAAUUGUACAAAAGAACCUUCUGAUAUUUGAAAACUGUACUAGUCCGAAAAGAUGAUUAUUUUGUAUAACGUGAGAUUGCCCAUCACUUUUUUUUUAAACUUAAUUUUUAGGGCUGCCAUUCGUGAUAUUAAAAUCAUUCUCAUCUAUUUAUUUUUAACCAUCGCAAACGUCACCGUAAUCAAAAGUAGGCUUCCAUCGUAAUUUAGGAGAAAAAGUAUCUCAUUUUUUUAUUAGGUUAAGACCCUAACCAAAGCAGUUGACUGAUAGAGUGGCAGCUUAAGAGACUAAGCAAUACCAACACACAAAAGAAUUAUAAUUACGCUUAUUUUUUUUUAUUUCUUUUUAUUUUGUUCCCGAUAUCUUGCAAAACGGAUAAUAAUGCCAGUGAUACACACACAGAGUAAUUAAGCCAUAGACCGCACUCACCUCAUUUAAUUUAUUGUAAUUUUUCGUUUCAUGGUCGUAAAAAUAGACAAAAACUGAGACACCACUGUUUAGGUGCCAGAUUCUCUGAUCUUUGUAAAAAGGAAAUAAACAAUCGUAUUUAUCGAGUGUGCAACUCGCUCGAAACCAGUAAUUAUUAUCGAUAAGACUAGUGAUAAGUGAUUUGUUAGAUUUAGACCAGUUUGUGUUGAUUUUUCAUUUUGUUCUUUCACUUCGUUAUGUAUCCGGUUCUCAUUUAUCAAGUUUUUAGUUGUAGGUUCGUGUAUGAUAUGUAGCCGUUCACUUGAACAAUUAGUUUAGGGAUUUUCUCGUUUUUUUCCGAAAUUUUUCUUUGGGGUAGUGAUUUUUUCGCAGCUGAAUUCAACUCUGAUUUCGUAGAAAACCUCCUGUAAAGUAUAUUAUGUGUACAAGUGCCAUCUAUAAUAUAUUUUUCUAGUUAAAUAGAACGCUUAUGUCUUGUGACUUAGACAUUGUAUACAGUAUUCUGUCGUAAAUAUACAAGUAUUAUAUACAAAAGGA